AAACGCCCUCUACGCGCAACCAUGCGAAGUUGAGUCGUCCUAGCUAGUAUGCAGGGCGUUGGUGGAUAAUACUUUCGAAGUUUGUUCUCUAUCAUCCAUCCCAGCCAUAAAAUUUUGACUUCUUGUUGUUAGGAACAUUCCUGCCAGUAUGGGCUGACUUACUUUUGACAGCAAGCGCCCAGCUAUGUCAACUUAUCAAGCUCGAUCGCAUCUAUGUUCUCUGCAGAUUUUCCGCAUCGACGCAUGCUUAUGGUAAGAACUGAAAUUAGUAUUCAAGUGAUCUCUUAGUAUACUCUGUCAGUGUCUUCUAAUCGAACCUUCAACGAGAUUGCAUGUAACAUAUCAUGUCAGGUUUUUGAAGUGAUCUUUUAAAUUAUUAGUCGGAGGAGGGAAAUCGCGUGAGUCCUGAUCAUGAUAAUAUAAUCAAUUUCUUAUUGACAACGAAACUCAUAAAGCUUACCCUCCUGGAACGAACACAUUGAACCUCUGUUAGUCGAAUUAGUCAUUUACCCGGUCGUUUAUAGUUAGUUGGCAGACCAUUUAAAUUUCGGCAGUAUUAAUUUGAGAAAUGUUUUAGUUUGCACACGGUUUUGCAGAAUACCAGUUGUAUUAGAAACCCGCAGGUCAUCUCAGGGGGGCAUCCCCUGCACCCUCCCCCUAGAUCCGCCCCUGCUACGGGAAUGUAUGACAUACAUGUUGUAUUUAUCGUUCCAAUUCCAAACGAUAUAAGAAAGACAGAGGAAUAUGCAAAUUCCUAGUUUCUUGCUGUUCCAAUCUAAGUAAUGAUAAAGUAAAGGCCAGGUCUGAAAACGGGCGUGAAAAAUGACACUUUUUGGUCUGAAAUAGGGUCAGGAUUUGAAGAACGGGGCAUCACAUCCCCACCAAGAAUUCCCAGGAGUACCCCCCCGCCUCCUGGCUGGUAUUAAAGCUUCCAAUACUAUUUUUCUAUCCUGCAUCACAGACAUAAUUUAACCUCAGUUAGUAAUGUCUGUGAAGCUGCACCGACAUCCUUGUUCUGCAAGGGCCCCCAACAGACUUGAUGAAUUACCAGAAGUUAAUGUACAUUUAAAGUUUCUUUCAUGCUAUGACAGAGUCAAUGAAUUACGGGAUGAACGUUUCAAGUUUCUUUCAUGCUGAUUGGCAAAUUGACAAUAAUGACUUUACGAAUUAAAAGAUUUACCAUUCUUCAUCACAGAAGCAGCCUCACAGACAUGGAAUGGUACUUAUGCAAGCCAUUCGUUAACAUCACAUGAGGCAAAAUUGUUAAAAUAUUACAUUUUGGCAAUCCCCACAUCGUGCAUUUUGUACAAGUAAAACGUGCAAAAUAUAAUGAACGCCAAAGGUUUCAAUCGAUCUCUAAUUAAUGUGAAGGAAGAAGCUAAGAAACACUUAACUUACAGGUUAAAAAUUCAUAUAAAAUUAUUGUCUUAAAGUUUGGAAAAUUUGGCAGCACUGUACGUAUCAAAUGCAUGGCAGCUGGCAUCUUAAUUGUUGUGCUCGCUGUCUUUCUUAUUUACAUGUAGAAUACUGGGAAGACCAACCUUAUUCUACUGAUAUUCUGUAAAAUUUCCAUACGGGUUCAUUGUCAUUCCCAGAUAUUUAUAAGAUUUAACAUUGUUUAGUUUAUUUACUCCAUACUUAAACGAGUAGUUAUUUAAGGACUUGCCAUGUGAGCGAGAAGCGAUUGUUCCGUCAUACAGACUUGACUCUUAAUCUCAUCCAGUUGUUGUAAGAUAAGUUUUAUUGACUCCUCUGUCGAUGAAGUUUAAUCCAGCUGAGUGCCUUAAAUUCGGACGAUAGUUUUGAAUUUAGAUUUGCAAUUUUGUUUGGCCAAUUUUUGUACCUCGUUACCGAUUUCUAACUUCACUGCUUGGAUGCUUUCUUUGCAAGAGAGUUGGGGGGAUCUAGGGGGAGGGUGCAGGGGGUGCACAGCCCCCCCUGAGAUGACCUGUGGUUUUCUAAUACAACUGGUAUUCAUCAAAAGAAAAAAAAACUAUGUGGUUUAUUGGUGUUGAAGUAGAGCAAGAGACGAGUGCACCCCCUCCUAAAAAAAAUCCUGGAUCCGCCUCUGAUCGAGGUGGGCACCUUUUUUGGGGAGGCCACUGAGGUGUUACAAAUGAAAAUGAUUGUUUUUUCUUUUCUUAAUCCUGGAGAUGGUCACAAUAUUGUAAAGCCCACCAAUCAUAUGCCCUCGUACAGUACAUGUAUGUCUCGGCUGGGCAUGGGGGAUACUUACAUUGACUUGUGUAUGACUUGCAGUACCAUCAGCCAGGUAGCGCAACAGUGCCAGUUCUAAAGCAAUAAUAAUUUAUUAUAUUUAUAUGUAACUGGAAGAACUGACGUUCUUUGUCUUGAUUCAUUGCCCUUGAUUUCAUUAAAGGUUACUGCUACCAGUCAGUUCAAAUUUCAAGAUGUGUGGGUUUCAGAGGUCAAGGAUUCAUGUACCAAGCUUUGGUAAGGCUUUUUUAUAUUAUUCAUUUGUUGUAAUCAGAAUUUCAGUACCUCAUGUUUAUGAUAAAAUCCCCCCUUGGGUGGGGGAGGAGACACUACAGAGAAGUACCGCCAAGGCCUUAAACCUUUUUCUAUUAAUUAAAACAAAAACAGUUCAUUCCUGUCUGUCCAACCCCGUGGGGAUAUUUUUUUAUUUUAUUUUUUUUUUUAGAGAUCUUUAUUACCACUACAUCACUUACAACACUUUCACUACAAAAUUUAAGGUUACAAAAAAUUACAAUUAAGAAUUAAGAUUCCAACGAUAAUUUAAUACAACAUACACUGCAACCAGGCUUGCUUCACGCAUACGUAGAUUAGAUUAUAAUCAUUUACAGUAAGGAGAGGAGAGGCUUCCAUUGUGAAAGAAAUUUUGCUUUUUGUCCUUUGGAAUAAAAAAUCGAUCUUUGCACAAUUAACUUGUCUUUAACGAAUUCAAGAAAGUGAUCAAAGCUUGGGGGUUUAAUUUCGCUCCUUUGCAGGAAGAUAUGUCUCUUGCCAAGAAGGAUAUAAUAGUUAAGGAUUUGCCUUUUAGGAUCUUCGGGAUUAUAGCCACACAUUAUACUUAAGUCAUCAAAUAGCAAAUAUUCACCACUGUGAGUUUUCCACCAGCUAAUUACUUCAAACCAAAACUUUUGAAUUACUAUACAGUUAACUAGCAUAUGGGAGAGCGUUUCUAGGGAAUCACAAUGUAUGCAGAGAGGAGAGUUCAGGGGCACCCAACGACAAUUUUCGGAAAAAUAUCUGUUCGGGAGACGAUUUGAGAUCUAGAAUUUUCGAAACAUUUGUUGUAAAAUUUCUUGCUUGCCUGCCUCUCCUAGGAUUUUCGAACAUCUAAAAAAUGGUAAAAUUGCCCAUUUUCAGCGGAUUUUUACCGUAUAAAGGUCACCUAAAAUUUUCGGGAGCCUUUUUUCUGGCUGAAAUUUUCGAACGGGUAAGUAUUGAUCCCUAUAAUUUUCGGAUCACUAGACUUUCAGCUAGGAAAUCCGAACAGAUGAAAAAUUUAUAGGGGAUAAAAAUAUGCCCAUAUCCACUGUUUAAAUACUAAAACACGUUUAACAAUGCUAUGUUUAAGUGGUUUUGAACUAUAUUCUCGUUGGGUGCCCCUGAGAGUUUACGAUUUUCAUUCUGUGUAACAGAACCCCAUGUGGAAGAAUAUUAUGAACAAUCUUAUAUUGAAAUAUGCUUAAUUUUGUUUCUUUAGUUAUUUUAAAUGGAAGCAUAUAAAUGGAACUAAGUUUGGAACUGUCCAAUCCUUGCCUGCAUAGUCGAAGGCUAGCCAACGGUUCUACAAAUUUCCUUUGAAUAAGUAUAUUGCGAACCUUCUUGCUAGUAACCACGUUAAUUUCCUUAGUUGUAUUUUGUUCCAUAUCUUUAUUGUUCAUGAUAAAUCCCGGUCUCAAAGCGCACUUCCAUCUAUAAGGUAUAGCUGAUAUUAAACCAAAUAACUUAGUAAAAGGCGCCUUGAGGGCAGUUUUUAAAAGAAACUUAUUAAGUGUGAGGAAUCUGUUUUUUUCAUCUAGUAGGUCUUUAAUUCUAAGUAUACCAGCUUCAUGCCAUUCUUUCCAAUAUACUGAUUUACCGUCUAUUAAAAUAUGCUUAUUAUUCCAUAAGAUUACAUUCUCAACACAGAUUUCAUUGUCCGAAGUUUGCUCUCGGACUUCCAUGAGGUGUUAAGAACAUCAGCGUAAAAUAUUGGUAAGUUGUUUAGGCCUAGAAAUUUUACAUCAUAAUCACAAUCAAAAAAUAAAUGGCCCUCCAACAUUUUUCAAAUAAAAUAAAGGAAUUAACAUCCACUGAUCCUCUACACCAUUCUUCAUUCUUUGAACCCAAGCACUUUGUAACGACUUGGAUAUAGUCUCAAAUUCUGGUAAAUCCAGCCCUCCUCUUUCUUUUGGACCUAUAAGAGUAUCCCUUUUUAUCUUUGGUUUCUUGUUAUUCCAGACAAAAUCUGUAAUCAAUCUAUUAGGGAUAUCUAUAUAAUGAGGCGGUGUAUGUAUGCACGAACUUACAAAGAUAAGUUUCGAUAGCCCUAAUGUUUUGGCGAUUGUUAUCUUGCCAUAAAGUGAGAGAUCUCUUUGAGACCAUAUAUUAAACAGCUUUUGAAUUUUACAUAUCUUUUGUGAAAAAUUUUCCUGUUCGCAAAGUUUUAGAUUGUAAGAGAAUGAUAUCCCUAAAGCGGAGAUAGGCCUUUGUGGCCACUGAACUCCAAAUAGUGUAUCAGUCCUAUUUGCGUUUUGUCCAAGCCACAUUGCUUCAGAUUUACUUUGGUUAAACUUUAAACCGCUGCAAUCUUUAAAUAGGUCUAAUAACUCUAACAGUUUCCCAAGCGACUCUUUAUCUUUGCAAAAGGAGGUGGUGUCAUCGGCAUUUUGAGAUAAUUUUAUUUCUUUGUUUAAGACUCGAAUUCCCUUUAUAUGUUCAUCAGCUCUUAUUUAGCAAGACAGUAAUUCUGCGGCUGAAAUGAACAACAAGCCAGACAAAGGGCAGCCUUGUCUUACUCCUCUCUUUAAAGUAAAUGACUCGGAGGCGAAGCCGUUGUUUAUUAUGCAGCUAGAAAUGUUUGUGUACAGAGUUUUCACCCAAGUCUUAAAGUCGGGUCCAAAUUGAAAGGUAUCUAGAGCUUUAAAUAGGUACUCCCAUUCUAAACUAUCAAAUGCUUUUUCAAAAUCGAUAAAUAAAGCAAUUCCCUCUAUGUCCUGGUCAACGGUGAAAUUGAGGAUGUCGCUUAUAAGUCUGAUGUUUUCACCGAUAAAUCUUCCCUCUACGUAACCAGUUUGUGUGUUAUUUAUAACUGCCGAUAGAACCUUUUUUAGUCUGAGAGCUAAAGCUUUAGAGGCAAUCUUAUAAUCCACAUUUAAAAGUGAAAUAGGUCUCCAAUUUUUAAGAUACAAUAAAUUUUUGUUCUUUUUUGGAAUAAGACGUAUGAUGCUUUGUCUUUGAGAAAUUGACAGCUCACCUUUAUGGAAUCCAUAAUUAAAACUGUUUACCAUUAUCUUGCCUAAUUGACUCCAGAAGAAGCUGUAAAAUUCGGCAGUAAAACCGUCAUUGCCAGGGGAUUUGUUUUUUUGGAAACAUUUUAAAGCAUUCCAGCACUCAUUCUCCGUCAGCAAGCCUUCGUAGUUCUUUCUUUGUUCAUCAUUCAGCUUUUCUACCUUGUCAUUAUCGAAGAACACUUUGAAUUUAGGAUCGUUUACUUGAGGAUUUUGCGAGGAAUAUAAGGAUUGAUAAAAUCUUUUCUGUUCUUUUAGGAUUUCCUUUGGGUCCGUGAUAUAUACUGCUUCCGUUUUCUUGUAUAAGGCUGGUAAUGCAUUUAUUUUCAUAAUUUCGUCUCUCAAGAUUAAGAAAAUAUUUCGAACUUCGUUCGCCGAACUCAUGCCAACGGGCCUUGGAGCGCACACAUGCUCCUCUUGCCCGGUCGUAGGAAAUCUUAUCCAAUUCAUUCUUAACUUUAAUGUAUCUCUGGACGGCUUCUGCUGAUGGGUAGUUUUCACCCGUAUUUCCCAGUCUUGAGACUUCCUGUACGAGAUCUUUUUCAUAAUCUUUUUUCAUUUUAGCUUUCUGUUUUGAAUAACUAAUUGUAAACGUCCUUAUUUCCAUUUUAAUCAACUCCCAUAAGAGUCCGUGAUCUUCAAGAUCCUGAUACUUGUUUAUAAAGUGCGGAAUUUUAAACAUUAAUUUUUCUGCAUAUUCAUCAUCUUCUAAGAGGGAGGAAUUGAAUUUCCAGAAUCCAGGUCCUCUUGGGUAUUUCUCAUUAAUUGGCAAUUCCAACGUCACUAAAGAGUGAUCGCAAUGUGCAGCGUGCUUGAUUUCACAUUUCUGUACGGGGGAAUUUUGUAAUAGUUGACGGGCUAUUAGCCAAUAAUCUAAUCUGCAUUUUAUUUUCAAGUCAGAUGUUCGCCAAGUAAAUUGUUUUUCUUCUGGAUGUAGCGUUCUCCAUACGUCGUCUAAAUCUAAAAUACACAUCAGUUGCUCGAUCUCACUGGCGACAUUCCUUCUUGACGAAACAUCACGUCCUCCUUCUUUAUCGGUUUUGGAAAGAGGGCAAUUAAAAUCGCCACCUACUAUAAUGUUGUCGUUGGGAAACUGUUCAAGUAAAGAUCUGAGUUGUUUAAAAAAUAUAAUUUGCGCGUUAUCAUUAUUGGGUGCGUAUAAAUAUUGGCACAAAUAAAUUUCUGAUCAUCUAUACAAAACUGCAGGAUAAGAAUCCUGCCGUUUUCACAACAAAUUUCAUUUUCUACUAGCACUUUGAGUCGAGGAUUAAACAGAAUUGCUACUCCUUUGCUGUGUUUACUUCCAUGACAGAAGUACACUUUACUACCCCACUCGUUACUCCAUAAUUUUUCUUGGUCAGUAGAGCUAUAUGUCUCUUGCAAGAAAAUUAUUGAGUACUUGUUAACGUGCAGUUGCCGAAAAAUAGCUCUUCGUUUUCUUGAACUAUUUAAACCCCUAACAUUUAACGUAAUAAAAGUUAACUUAUUCAUAUUAACGAAUAAAUAUCGAUAUCUUAAUAGUUUCACAAUACAGAAGCCUUCUUAAGCUAAAGCCUGGAGAAAACAUUGCAUCACUUACAACAUAAAAACGAAAAUUACCUUUCAUGAAACAAAUUAAAGGCAUUGCCUGUGAAGUUCUUUUAACUCCAACAAUGGGUAGAAUGUGAGAUUAAAGUUGUUGUUGGUCAGUAUCACUCCGACGGCGUUGCUAGGUUAACUCUUUGCCUCUUCCAUUUCAUGGCGUAGUUUUGCUAGUUCUUCUGUUCCUACGAUUCUGUGACGGCCAUUGGCAUCGACAUAUUUGAGUAUUGCAGGAUAUGCGAUGUAGACUUUCCGGUUGUCUCCGAGUUUCUUCUUUAGAAACUUUCUGUAGGGCACGAGCUCUUGCCUCCGCCGUUGGGUUUUUUUGGCGAAAUCCUCACUUAUACCGAUGGCAUUUCCGUUUAACGGGUUAUCCUUUAGACGAGCGGCGGCAUUCCUUAGUACCUUCAUCUUAUCCGUGUAUCGAAGAAAAGCGACGUGCAUUGGUCUGGGACCCUUUUCACCAGCAGAAGGCGUUUUGCUUGGCGUGCGGUGUGCCCUCUCCAGCUCAACAUGGCCACAUAUCGUUUCAAGGCCCAUAUGUUCAGUGUUCUCCUUAUCAGGCGGUAACCGGUAAAAUUUACCGCCUGAAGCAACACUUCUUACCGCCUGCAACUGCUUAAAGGUUUACCAAAAUUAUGCGAGUUGUGAUCCGAUUAAAUCGUCACAAGAAAAUGAAUGAAUAUGUGGAAAAGUAUAGCUACCUAAGUACAAAACCUACAGCCCAAAAAUAAUGCACGUUCAGGAACUUCUUUUUGCGUCUGCAAGCUGGAAACUUCCUGCGGCUUUUUGCAGGGCGCUUGCGCUUGAAUCCAGCAAGACGCAAGAACUUCUUUUGCAGUUAUAAACUUAACCACAAGAAUUUCUUAAAAUUAUCUUGUGCAAAGGUAACCUUUUAAGCGAGGAAAUGUGUACAAUUUUGAUUUAAAAAAAGCACCUCUUCAAAAAAUAAGGAACGAUCGUAGUAUGUUUCGCAAAAGAGCCGUGUAAUUUGAGACCGCACGUGCAACUGUGUCAACUUAAAGCGCUCUCGGAAAAAAAAAACAUGCUAAAGUAAAGUAAGGAAUAUUUUCACUAAAGGCUCUUUCAACUUAGCGCAAUAAAGUAAUAACAAUUCCCAUGUUUUCUUGUGGGCAGAAAUUCAACGCCUUUGGUUUGUUUGCCGAGACUAUGGUAUUGUACUAUGAAAUGAUCCAAAUAAUCGAAAUGUUCGAAACUACAGGUCGUUUUGUUAAACAAACGCCUCACACGCUUUAUCUAACUUUGGAAAAGCUAAACGAUUGAAGUGUUCAAUGCGGUAAUUUUCUAGCUUCUUGCGGUGAAGAUUUUUGAUUUCUUUCAUUUCAAAGUUCUUGCGGGUAAACCACAAAGGGUCCGCAAAAAUACGGCACUUUCACUUCUUGCGGUGGCUUGCAUGUUCUUGGGGCGCAGCAACUUCUUACGCCACUUUUUGCGCGUGCAUAAUUUUGGUUCUGUACUAAUACUGUAUAUGCAGCUUUCCUUUUUAGGGACAUGCAUUUUGCAGACAGUAAAAUUAUUGGAAUCAAACGUUUUAAUUUGUUUUCUAAAGAUAACGACAGCAGAUUUGCGUAAAAUAGGUCUUAAAAUAUGGGAAUUACAAAUUUCCCAGUGAAGGCGGGUCCAUGUCCCUCACUCCACUGUCCCCCCCCCCCCCCCCCUCUUAGAAAAGUAUAUAUUUUUUGCCUUACCGUCCCUGAAUGGUCCCUUACCUGCUGAGCUAAAAUUUAGGGAGAACACUGUAUGUUGCGUAAUAAAAUCCUGUACAAAAGAGAUGCAAUCUCCUUUUUCGGCUUUCUCUGGUAUAUUGUAGAAGACUAAGUUGUUCCUUCUUGACCUGUUUUGUAAUUCUUCGAUUUCAUCCUUCAGCGCAUCGACAGUGGCGUUAUCUGCUUUUGAGUCUAAAUCCGUUUUUACCUUCUGCAGUUCUGCUGUCAUAGAGUUAAGUCCUCUUUCCAUGUCACCUACGGUAUUUUCAAUCUUCAGCAGUCUUCCGUUUAUUUGUUCAAGCACGUCUAGCUUCUUUAGCUUUUCAUGUAUGCUUUCCAAGAUGGCGGCGCCGGCCUCAUGUUUAUGUGGUGGCGUUCUUUCAUCUUCACUGCUUAAGCAUGCCUCUUGUCUCGCUCGCUUUUCGUUGGGCAUAACGGAAAGGAAAAGCAAAGAUUCUCCAAAUAGUUUGAGGCUGAUUUGGCUAAUUUCCUGAAACUGAUAUAGUGAAACGGCAAGGUAGCGUCGGAGCGACAAAAAAACACGACUACUCCAUUUGGCGCCCAGUCCCAACCCACCCCGUGGGGAUAUACCUGUACAUGUACACCUAAGUAUCAUCUAGACAGUUGAGCUCCUUCUGCCAUUAUAUUCCACGGAUAAUACUAUAUUUAUCCCAGGUGUACUGACUGAAGGAAUACUCAUGAUAAAUAGCAUUAAUGCAAAAGAUGUUAGCAAAGUGUGAGUCUAGGGGCACCUUCUUAUUCAACCCCAAAUUCUGGAAAUUUUGGUUAGAAAGCAAAUGGAACAGACCAUCUUGGUUCAGUUUGGCCAGAAUAUUUGACAACACCUUUGAAGGUAGUCCACUGGUGCAGGGUUCUCAAUAGAUUUUUAAGUAGGAGGUGAUCACUGAUAAAGUAGGAGGCUCUUCAGCAAAGCCAGAGGUGUCAAAACAAAGCAAAGAAAAGCGACUUAAACACAAAGUAAGCGGCUAUAAAUCCCAAAGUAAGCGGCGAUCAAUCGCCGGGUGCCCCCUUCUAUUGAGAACCCCGCUGGUGUGACUGAAAUGACCCUUUUAAUUUGACGUAAUUGUUGUCCCUGCUCCUACUCAUCUGUAUCCUGCUUACAAGUACCUACCCAAACACACAGUGGCUUGGGUUUGAGGUCUGUACAACUGGAAUGUACUGUUCCAUUAGGUGUGUGGAAUUUCCAAAAUUUCAAACAAGAAUUUUUGUUGAAUGGAAUGCACCAUAAAGCUAGAUGUGGUUGGCGUUCAUCUGUUGUGUCUUGGGUUGACAAGAAGUUUUAAAAAUAAUUUGAAAAAUAUACCAUAGCAUUAUAAUUUGGUUAAAUGUAAUUUAACUAAGUUAACCACCACGAGCUUAGCGGUGAAGCGGUUCAUAAGCUUAGCGGUCAAGCGGUUCACAAGCAUAGCGGUUAAGCGGUUCACAAAUAUAGCGGUCAAGCAGUUCACAAGCUUAGCAAUUAAGCGGUUCCCAAGUUUAGCGGUCCACAAGUUAAGCGGUCUAGCGGUCCACAAGCUUAGCGGUCAAGCGGUCUACAAGCUUAGCGUUCAAGCGGCCCACGAGCGUAGCGGGCAUCCAGCGGUCAAUCCCAUAAGUGCAGGCUCACAUGGUUUGUGGUAGCUUUGUACACAGCUAAGAUCUGCGAGUUCUUCAUCGAGCGUUUGUGCAGUGGUGACGGGUGCCUGGAAUGGGGGCUCAUGGCUGGGUUGCGGGGAUUUGCCAGCCAUGGGGGCAGUUUUCUAUCUAGGGGCUGGCUGGCUACAGUGGAAGCCCCUGGGUAUCCCAGGCACCCACCUUUCACUUAAACGAGGCAGUUGGUUAACUGUGUCUUGGUAGCACAUAAGGUUGUACCCAAAGUACAACGUAUCCAGGGCUGUCAUUAAGAGGCGUGGGCUGGGGAUUUCCCCUGGCUACCCUAAACAUUACUUCCAGUUAUUUUCAUAGGAAAAAUAGAACCAAAAGUAAUCUCUAGCUGUUUGUUUCCCUGCCUACUUGUUGUUCGUAUCCAGCAACUUGAAAUCGUGGUGACAGCCCUGCUUAUCACUACAUUUUUUAUCUUUAUUAUGUAAACAACAAUGAAAUACCAGGUGAGCUUUUCAUGACUAACUUGUUAUUUUCACAUACACAUGAAAAGAUUUGCAUUGUUAUCAUUACAUAAGAAAUCGCACCUUGUGGCACUGGUGCCUCUGACAGCAGUGCCUUUGUCAAAGUAAUUUUGAUGUAACUUCAAAAUUGCCGACAAUUUACCUAACUUGAAUCUAAAUAUUAUUGAAUGUUGACAUGCUCACUACUCAACCAGAAAACAAAAAUACAAAGAAAAAGAUGAUGUAUGAACAGAACAUUGUUUUAAAAUUUCUUCGUGAGGUUCGGAAAUAUUUAAAGAAGGGAAAAAAGGUAGACAAUAUUCCACCAGAGGAGAUGAACCUUAGUGAAUUCAUUAUUGCUGCUAGGACGAAGAAAGGGGAACAAUAUGAGCCAUCUUUUCUCAGAGGAAUCUUAUCAAGCGUUUACUGUUACAUGUAUCUUGCAAGGCGUGAAUAUGGGAAAAGGCUAUUCAUUGAUCCUGAAUUUAUGAGAUUGAGAGACACAUUGAAAACAAAGCAAAAAGAACUAAAAAAAAAGGCGCUCACUUGUGAAAUAUUUUUUUAGCACUCAAAAAGAAAUUUUGUAUACAUAAUAUACUCUAUAUACAUGUAUCUUAUACCUCGAUCAUGGCCUGUAUUUUUUGGGGGGUUUUAAUUUUUGUAAUUUCUUUCCACUGUACAUAAACAGUUGCAACCUUAGAGCACGUCCUGCAAAAUGACUUCCACAACUUAGAAAGACAACUUACAUGGAAAUUUAAUUUUGUAGUAGAUAAAAAUUCAGGUUAAUCCUGUAUUCAACCUUCUUUGAUAUUGGAUAUUAUCACGAUAAUAUCACGUUAGAAUCUACUAGAGUCUAUUUAGAUCAUCCUUUCCUCUUUCCUGAAUGCAAUGAUUUUGGAUUAUCGUGAUAAAACCUUCCAAAUUGCAUAUUGACAAAUCACCAACAUUGAUCAACAUUAGCUGAACAUUUAACAAGGCACAUCUUUUCUACAUAUAUCACAGGUAGCCCAAGCUCACUAUGAGAGCCGUGAACAACAUUAUCCUACUUAGCUAAUUAAUUAUUCAUACAGCAAGAAAAUUAUAAGACGUUGUAUGGAGAAAUAUUCUUUGCUCACUAAAUUAGCAAAAUGUACAUUGAAUAUCGCUUUGAAGCUUACCUUUAGCGUCUUCUUGUUUUUCUUUGUAUUCUGACUGCAUUUCAGACCUCCUAGGCACUGUUUAAGGCCUUUUUUGGAGCGGUAGAGAGAAGAGAAGAGAAGGUUGGCAAACCUCUCUUGACCGGCUCCGCUCUCGGCGGCGAUAAAUUCCGUGACAUUUGCGACAUGGAGACAAUACCGCCAGAAACAGAUGUCCUGAUAAAUAACGCACAUUUUGCAUCAUUCACAUUGCCAAAAUUCCCCUUUCGAAGGUCCUAAAUCGCCAACGAAGUGGGCAAUACACGGCUGAGGUGAGACGAGUCGAGAGCAGACCCGCAACGGACUCCAACCGUCACGUCGACAAUUCAAACCGUCGCGGGCUGGCAGGGUCAAAUUGUUCAACCGUCAAAGGACAAUUGGAGCAUUUAGCCUACUGGGCACAGUAACUGAUUUUUCACUUCUCACAUUGCACUCCGGGGUCGCGGAAGUCAAGCAUCGCGUGUGAUAGUGACAUGUAAUAUCAAAACAUGUCGCGUUGUUAAUGUUUUGAUCUCUACUCUUCUUUUUAAAAAGCGUUUGACAAUGGUUUUUUAUGUAUGAUUUAGAAAAAAAUUUUGCAAUAAGAAUUACUACGGCUGUAAACAGUUGUUAGCUAUUUUUUCUCCCUUUUUCAACAAGUGGCAGUAAGUAGCAAGUUUGGGGACAGGAUCUUCCGGCAGGUGCUCUUAUCUAUUGUGAGUGGAAAGGAAAUAUGUAAAUAAAUAUUUCUUUGAAUUUUCUCUUGGUAAUUCUGCCACAUUAGCUACACCAAUUUCAAGAUCAAAUUAUACAUCAGCUGCUUACAGCCCAAGCAAACUAUUUCUGAAAUAUGAAUUCCAAAUGUAGUAGCUAUUUUUGCAUUGAUUGGAUUUCUUGACGUACUGUUAAUCAUGGCAGAAAGGUAGGAUGAAGUUUUGUAAUCAAAAGAUUGCAUUGUUUCUCGUUGAACAUGCACUUACAAAGUAUUUCAUUUUGCAAAACAACCUUCAUUUCAGUCUAACAAAUGAACAAAGGGCUGUGUUGAACUGUGCCUCAUUGGGUCAUAAUCUAUUAGUUAGUGGACAAGCCGGAACAGGAAUAGAAGUGAAGUGAAGCUGAAGUGUAGAAGUGAAGCUGCCCUCGUAAAUUUCAAAAUUACGACAGACCCUAACAAGAAAAAUAUUAUGCAGUCAACUUUAAGAAUUGAAGAUAAAUCAAGGCGAAUCCAGGGUAUUAUUUUUUUUCUAAAUCAUACAUAAAAAACCAUUGUCAAACGCUUUUUAAAAAGAAGAGUAGAGAUCAAAACAUUAACAACGCGACAUGUUUUGAUAUUACAUGUCACUAUCACACGCGAUGCUUGACUUCCGCGACCCCGGAGUGCAAUGUGAGAAGUGAAAAAUCAGUUACCGUGCCCAGUAGGCUAAAUGCUCCAAUUGUCCUUUGACGGUUGAACAAUUUGACCCUGCCAGCCCGCGUCGGUUUGAAUUGUCGACGUGACGGUUGGAGUCCGUUGCGGGUCUGCUCUCGACUCGCCUCACCUCAGCCGUGUAUUGCCCACUUCGUUGGCGAUUUAGGACCUUCGAAAGGGGAAUUUUGGCGAUGUGAAUGAUGCAAAAUGUGCGUUAUUUAUCAGGACAUCUGUUUCUGGCGGUAUUGUCUCCAUGUCGCAAAUGUCACGGAAUUUAUCGCCGCCGAGAGCGGAGCCGGUCAAGAGAGGUUUGCCAACCUUCUCUUCUCUUCUCUCUACCGCUCCAAAAAAGGCCUUAAACAGUGCCUAGGAGGUCUGAAAUGCAGUCAGAAUACAAAGAAAAACAAGAAGACGCUAAAGGUAAGCUUCAAAGCGAUAUUCAAUGUACAUUUUGCUAAUUUAGUGAGCAAAGAAUAUUUCUCCAUACAACGUCUUAUAAUUUUCUUGCUGUAUGAAUAAUUAAUUAGCUAAGUAGGAUAAUGUUGUUCACGGCUCUCAUAGUGAGCUUGGGCUACCUGUGGUUUGAUAAAAAGUUUGAUAAUGUUCGAUGUUAGACCUGUUCUAGAUCGAUUAUUAAAAUCUGAUAACUAUCCGAUAAAAUAAUGAUAUCUUUUUAUUAUCGCAGCUUUAUGGAAUUUCCCUUGUUUUUUCACCCUCAUUUUUCGUAGGAGACAAAAAAGAAAUUUCGGUUUAACCUGAGAACAGAUUUUACCUACAAUGCUUUCACAUGUUGAUUUGCCUAUAUUUGUGACUCAAGUUAUAAAGGAAUGGUUGAAUGCAGUUGUUAAUAAAUAAAUUCCCACUUGGAGAACCAGUUUGACCAAUCCCAAAAAAUAAUUUGUGCCUGCAAAAUACAAAAAAUCACCUAUCUGUAAAAUUAAACUCUCACAAAAAUAAAAUGUGAAAUGGUACUGUUGCACCAUUAUUAAGUAUACUUUCUUUCUUUGUUCCUAUUGUAGUGUUCAUGUCUGCAGUGUUAAAGGAUUUUUAGGAUUCCUGUGAUGUCCAGGCUGAUGGAGGUAAGAAAAAUUGAUCAUCUGUUAGUUAUAGUGUUGGUCUAGUGAAGGUUGAUUGUAAAUUCUCGGUAUUUACAUCUUCAUUCUCUAGUUGUAAGGGUUUGAGGUUUGAGAAGUUUGAGCUGUGGCUCUAAAUUUUGGUGGAGGGAUGUUAGUUAUGUCAGACCCGAAUGAGGGCCCUUUGUGUUGUCAAUUGAUGGAUUUCCUUACACAGUAAACUAUUUCUUAUUUUUCCUCUCCCCUCUCCCUGUUUAAUUUUAUAUUUAAAGGGAGCAUACUGAUGGGAGCAAUAAUUAUUUGGUGGCCAAGCAUUUCAUUGAGUAGGGGACCCGGUGGAGGCAUGUUGGGGUAGUAAUAGUUCUUGAUGAUGCUUUUUGCUGCUCAAACCAAGAUACAGUUUAACUAAGCUUUUGUUAUGUGGGCCUCAUUGGCUUGUUUUGACCCUUCAAGCCCCAAGAGUGAACAACGUCAAUUUUCUCCUAACUACAUCUGUUCAAUACAUCAACAAGAGAGAAGGUUAUGAGAAUUAACAAAAUGAUCACUCAAAGGAAAAAUGCUUAAUUAUACCUUUUGUAAUCAAAUUCUCUCUACUACUUCUUUAAGGAGGCGUGUGGAGGUCGGUCUGGAUUUGCAUUUUGUUGUUUAAGGGUUAUUAAAAUUAUCUGCAAUAUUGAGUUGGUGCAUUAAGCUUUGUGAUCCCUCCCAAUCUCAAACAAAAGAGAGUUUUAGCAACAAUGGCAGCAAAAAAUGUCACUACUAAAAUAAAUUUACCUUUUUAAACUUUGUUGAAAGUUUUCCAAGGCACUUACAAUGUUAGAGGUGUAUUAACUUCCUUGGAGUGAAAUUCUUCUUCAACUAAACUUGGCAUUAGGAAUUUUUCACGUCAAAGUUGUGCAGUAAUAGUAAAGAAUGUACCAUAAAGUGUGCUGCAUGUGCAGAGUUUGUUUUUUUAUGGUCAUUAAAUCUAUUACUUUGCGACAAUCCUGUGGCUGUUGCUGUCAUCGUUGCCAAAGGUAGUUACAGUGUGUCCGGAAGUAUAAAGCCAAUCAGGCAUGAGAAAACUUAACCACAAGCAAGAUCGUAAAUUAGUUUGUGGUUUUGUGGCCAGUUCACGUGUCUUUAGUCUACUUGAUGUUUGCUGUGAUUGGUCAUAACACAAUAAUCAUUCCUGAGAUAUUUCAAGUGUUCACGGUUUUCACGGUCGCAUUGUAACAUUGUCCUCACCUCUUAGUGUGGUACAGGUGUACUGUGUUGUUGAGACAGUCUUAGUAACGUGCAUCAUCUUUAACGUUUUACCCUGCAAGUUACCUCUGUCACCCCUCCCUCCAAGUCAUAGUGAUAUUCCCAUAGAUUUUAAACAUAUUGUCCUCAAGUUUAAGUAGAAAGUAAAGUUGAUUUGUAACAGUUUUGAACUGUUUACGUUUUCAAUAAGAUGUUACUCUACAUGCAUAAUUUUAUGUAAACUGCUAAUUUUUGUUAGAGUGUGGCAACCACAGAUACAUCUUAAGUCAUUUGGCCCUUGGGAUGAUUCCUGGCCUAAGUAAUUAAGUAUAUAGUAUGUACCCGAAGUUCAAACAUGAUAUGUCUUGAGCCAUUGUUACACAAUGUGUUGGUUGUGCAGCAGUCAGAAUGUAAUGAUUUCUAUUGCAAAAGCGCUUUACUUGUUAGUAUAAAUAAUCUAUAGUUUUCUUGUCAACCUUUUCAAAUGGUAUGGACUCUGAAGAGCAAUGCAAGACAUUGCUUGAGUUUAAGUUAUUGUAAGUCAAUUUAGGUUCGUAUGAAUUUACAUUACAUUCAAAAGGCUUUUUAUCAAAUCCUUUGGAUAAUUUAUGCUACUCUUCUUUUAGGAUUUGUCAUCCUUUCCCAGCACAGCCUCUACAUCACAGGAAGACCACGAAAGCAAUUCAGGAUCCACUUCCUCCAGGAAAUUAAGAGUUACUCUGUUAAGCAGUGAAUGGAGAUCAACAAAAGGAGGCUUGUCAACCAUCAACCGAGAGCUGGCCAUUCAGUUGGCAAAACAUCCCAGCGUGGAGGUCAGCGUUUAUCUCCUUCAGUGUAGUGAAGAGGAUAAAAGAGUCGCUGCAAGUCACAAUGUCCGUCUCGUUGAAGCAGAAAAAAUGUUAGGUUAUGACCCAGUUGACUUGUUGUCCUUUCUACCAAAAGACCAUGCUGUGGAUUAUGUGAUAGGACAUGGGGCCGUUCUUGGUCGGCAAGUGCAGGGUAUAAAACGACAUCAUCAUUGUAAGUGGAUUCAGGUUGUUCAUACCUCUCCAGAAGAACUUGGAAUGUACAAAGGAUAUGAAGAGCACAUUUCCAGAGGCGAGGACAAACACCAGGUUGAGGUUGAACUCUGUAAAUUGGCUGAUCAAGUUGUAGCUGUUGGACCCAAGCUGGCUGAUGCUUAUUCCGGUUAUCUCCGUCCUUGUGGAAAAGAUCAGGAUGUUCUCAAUCUAACCCCAGGCAUUUUCUCUGAGUUUGCUGAUGUUAGUCAAGCUACUGAAGAAAGAAACUCAUUCAAUGUUUUGGUCUUUGGACGUGGUGACAAUGAAGAUUUUCAGCUGAAGGGAUAUGACAUUGCUGCCCAAGCCAUUGCUGAGUUGAAAGACACGACCUACAAACUUGUGUUUGUUGGAGCAACACAGGGAGAAGAAGGGAAAGUAGCAAAAAAGUUAGUGGAGCAAGGCAUUGAUCCUAGUCAACUUAAAGUGCGUCGCUUUAAUGAAAGUAGAGAGAAACUAGCUGAUUUAUUUUGCGAAGUAGAUCUUGCUGUAAUGCCAUCACGAACUGAGGGCUUUGGUCUAGCUGCCCUUGAGGCUUUAUCUGCUGGUCUGCCUGUGCUGGUUAGUGGGAACUCUGGUUUUGCGGAAGCUUUAAAGAAAGUUCCUCAUGGUUUAAGCUGUGUAGUAACGUCGGACGAUCGAAGAGACUGGGCCAGUGCAAUAAGAGCCAUCCGUCACAAGGACAGGGAGAUGAGACUUGGAGAGUUUAAUGUUGUGCGUGGGGCAUAUGCAAAAAAGUACAGCUGGAAGGAACAGUGUGAUAAACUUGUUGAAAGGAUGAAAGUGAUCUCUUCAGAAGGUCAGUUAAAAUAAGUGCUGUUGUAUUGCGUCCUCUGUUGCAUAUAUAUUAAACUUAAAAUGAAAUGUAUGCUAGCCCGCAAAGAAAGCCAGCUCUCCCAUCGCUCCCCGCUACUGGCGAUGUUCGCAGAAGAGAAUGAUUAAUAAUGAUAAUAAGACGCUGUGGGAGCGUAUAUUUGGGCGUCGAUGUACUAGGCGUGUGUGAAGUCUGAAGUUUUGUAUGUGUAUUAGGGAUGUGUGAUUGGUGCAGUAGCGCUGUAUAAUUUAGGGUUUGGUUGAGAUGCGUGAAGUGGAAAGCGUGGAGUUAUAUUGGACGUGAAUUGGUAAGAUAAUGGAUGUAGUUUGUUAAUCAGUGAAACUUGUUUCUCGUAGAAUUUAAUAUGAAGUAACAUAAAAUAAUUAUUUUGCGAGGUAAGCUCUAGUGAUUUUAGGUGUUGCAGUGAGGUAGUUUUGCUGGAAGUGCUAAUCUGGUUAUGAAGGGAUAGUGUCGUUACAGUGUGUUGAAAUAAAGUGGUGGUUGUGAGAAGUCUUAUCAAUAGUCUUAUCAAAAGUCUUAUCAAUGGUGGAAAACAUCAAGUACUUAUACGUUUUUUAAAACCUUUUUAGGGUGUCUGUUUAAGAUUGGUUUUCGCUUAUUUUUUAUUAUAUUUGUAUGGAGAGAACAAGGAUAAGGCCAAAAGUUCAUUGAAUAUAGAGAGGGGAGUAUGAAGAUGUUGAGGGGGAGGGGGGAUGAAAUUUUGCGUGUGUGCUCGGGGGCUUUGAAAAAUCGGUGAGGUCAAGGGGAAAGGCGUAAAAUCUGGCUAUAAAACUAAGAGCCUGAUUACUAGAGCCGGGCUGGCUCACUUUGCAGAGAUAAUAAUAAUAAGAGGGAUAAUAGAUAACAAUAAUAAAAAUAAUAGUUUAGAAUUUCUAUUGCGCAGAUUCCUUGACGAGAUGAUCAACUGCGCAUUACAACAAUACGUAGAAUAAAAAUAACUAAAUGAUAAAUAAGAAUUACAUCAUGUGUUGUGUAUAAUAUUAAAAAACCUAACUAAGAAUAAAAAGCCUUACUAAAAGGUAGGUCUUUAAAAGUUUUGCUAAAAAAUAAAUAAAAAUUACAUAGUUGUGUUAGGUAUUAAGUAAACCUAACGAAGAAUGAAAAACCUUACUAAAAAGAUGCGUCUUUACAAUUUUUUUAAAUGAAUGAUGUCUCAGAGGCGGCUUUAUUCGCUGGCUAAAUGUACAUGUAUACUUAAUAGUUAUGAUUUAUUGCAUUUACAAAGUAAAAAGGUGCUGUGCACUCAUUAAACUUGAAAGCAUUCAAAUACAUGCUCAUUUAGAAGCAGAACUUAUCACAAAUAACUGCACCUACGUCUUGGCAGAAAUAGCUGUAUUAUUUAGAACGAUAACUAAACAAGAAUUAACUCAGUCGGUAGAGCACUUGACUGUAGAGCGGGAGGUCGUGGCUAUCACGGGGCCAGACCAAUACUCAGGGUCUUAAAAUAACUGAGAAAUGAAGGUACUCCUUUUGCGCUGCAAGCGGCUGGACCUUCGCGUGGCUCGAAUGAUCACGUAAAAUAGCGUCCCGUGUCAAUUAGGAGACGUAAAAAUAGUGUCCCAAUUAGUACUUUCGUGAUAAAUACAUUCACACUCAAAUAAAGUGCUUUUUUUUGUUCAAGGUGGAGUUGUCUGAAUCAUGUUCAACGGUAAUCUUGGGUUAACUAUAAACAGAACAUAUAACUAACUCUGGUUUGGACUAAUGGUUCCACAUGUAUCAUUCUUUAACAUUGUUUAUACAUGUAGUUAACUAUAUUUAGGUAGUGGGUUGGCCUAAUUGAAAAUGGCUGAGAACUCGGUUUUGUUAAACACUGGCAAAUCUCCAUUCAAAUAAACGGGUGAAGAGUUGUUUCUAUUUUGUUGUAGGUCCUCAUGCAGAUGAGCAGAAUUUAUCUAGGGAAGUCCCAGUGAUCUGUCAAGGUGAAAAACCCUCUCCUGCUGCACAGCGCCAUCAUAAAGGUACACUUUAAUUUAGUUGAGCCGUAGAAUAAUGAACAGCUGUGUAUAUAGUUACUUUUACAAAAACUUUAUGUUGGGGAUUGGUUUAAUUGCAGGUGCAGCGAAGAGACCCAGGUCUUCAAAAAAGGGAAAAGGGCCGCUAUCUUUAAGUGUUGUCACAGCUCCAAAACAACCGAGACUGUUGAGAUACGAAGGUAAAGUUUCUUUCUGGUUUAUUUAUGGUAUUGCACCACAUAAGCUGCAUAGAUGACUAAAUAAGAUUGUGGUGGUGCUUUUUGUUGGAGGAACCUCUUUCGCGCUUAAUCCCUCUGGCUACGUAGCACCUUAACUAAACUCAUUCCCAUUCUUCUCGCAGCUUUAUUGCCUGAACAAAGGCGCUUCUAAACUAAAGCGCUUGUGUGCUCUUAUUGGGCCUGCUGUGCAGCACGGCAGUGUCUUCAUUGUCCCGCUUUUCAAGUCGGUUGGACUCUCAAGAAGCUAGAGUUGCUCUCGGCUGCGAUUACUAGAGCAAAUCUUGCGAUUCUCUGUGAUACGAUAUGCUUAAGCUGAAGGUACAACUAGAACGAGGCCACAUUUUGUUAGUGGAGUAGUAAAGCAGAUAGUAUUUUCUUGUCGUCAUUCAUGAUCAAAAAGAUCCUUUGGAAAAUAACUUUUUGAGCGCUAGCCUGUUGCCAGUCAGAGUUCGUCACAAUGAAUUUAUACCAGUUUUAGUGUCUGUCUGUCUGUCUGUUUGUUUGUUUGUUUUUUUUUUUUUUUUUUUCACAUACAUUACACAUUCGGUUACACUUCAAAACACCACUUGAUUGACACUUUAAUUUUAUGCUUGUGACUAAAUGUCUACAUUGCGAGAACAACAGUACAGCGAAAUUCUAACAAACGGACAUUUUUUUUACAUUCUCGAUGUUCAUUUGUAUCAGGGCAAGCUCCCGUAGGCCGCCAUUUAACCCUUUACUCCUGUAGUGGUCGCUUAUGUGAACCAUUCUCGUAAGCGCCCCGAGGCUGUCCGCUUACGAUAGCUUCCACCGUGAUCUUUUAAAACAUUUGUUCGUUUCCGAUUGGCUCAAAUCUCCUGGCUGAUUCUUCAUAAGCAGUUAGUGCUGUUGAAAUUAAAGCUGCAAGACGUUUGCGAUGUCCGAUAAAAUGACUCUCAAAAGGCUCGGCAAAGAGACAUCAGUGUUCAAGAAAAGGAAAAACUUUGUUACCUGCUAGUGAUAUUUCGGCUGAAAAACAACCGAGACUGUUGAGAGAUGCAGUCUUGUUUGCUGUCCUUUAUUGGUAGAGUUACUGUAUCAAAUUGAUGACUUCAUUUGAAAAUUCAAGCAUUAAGAGAGUGUGCACUGCAGGCAUCUCUAGAUGGUACCACAGUUAUGUAUUUUAUUGUUUAAUAUGUGUGUAAGAUUCUGCACUUGACCUUAGCUUGGCAACUUGUCCCUAUGACAAGUGUUUUCCUUGUGACAGGUGUUCUCAUAGCAACGAGUGUUGUCCUUGUCGUUUUGAAACUGCAUAGCUGUAACAUUUUGUAGUGAAGGUUUCGCCCUGACCGUUUUAGAAUUAAGCUACAAUCCCGGACAAAACUACUUGAGAAAGUUUUCCCCAUCAUGUCCACUUUGCUACGCAACAAAACUAUUUCCAAAACGACGCCUUUGCGGAAAGAAAACCCCUUCCCCCAAUUCAAUGUUGCUUCCCACAAACGCCCAAGGAUCAGGCUUUCUUUUGAAUACACAACAACAUUGCUUUCAGGGGAAGGGGGAGAGGGAAGAACCGGUACAGCUACGAUGUUUAGAAAAAUGCUGUCCAAGUAUACAAUUUUCUCAACAGUUUUGUCCAAGAUUGUGUACAAGGUGAUUCGCGUUUUGUCGCAAGAAUAUUUGCAAGGACAAAACAAAAACAUGCUAAUAAAAAGCACUUUACAGAAGCUGUUUUGAGCACAAAGUUUCACGCCACCCCAUCUUCUCAUAGAAAAGCAAGACCUCAUAUACGUUUUUUGCAGCACCCUCUUUAAAACAGUCAGAUUUCGCAAUAGCCGUACAACGCGUGCUAAUUGUUACAUAUUUUCCUGUAGUUCCGGAAUGGAAGGCUCGGAAAAUGUGAAAAGUAAUUUAUCUUUUUCAGAAGAGUCUGAACAAGACUUGUAUGACGGUUCUCUUCGAAGAAAAGGAGUUCGUAGUGUUUAUUUAGGGACAUAAUAGUCAAUCCGGUAUGGAACCGUUUCCCGUCACGUGGAAAUUGCUUCUCAGAGCUUAUAAUUGGUUAAACUAUGGGUGUUACAGAAACUUUGUUUGUUAAAAGUCGGUUAACUUUUUACGAUAAUUCCAUGGAUAGAAUAAUAUUACGAUUAACAAAGCAUCGAAACGGUUAACACCAUUUCGUUUUCAAUAGAGAAUGACCUUCUGAUUCUUAUUAAACUUCCCUGUUAAUCGUUGUUAACCGUUGCUAAUCUUCGCAGCCGCUCAAAAAUGUCCUGUUAAUCGUUCCGACUUGCAGAUAUUGUGGAGAGAAAAAGAUUAGAAGUCAACUAUGGCAACUUUUAUCAUGCCUUGGUUUACAAAUUAUUAAUUUAAGUCACCAUUUUUUCCAGUCACAUGUAACCCGAAGACAAAACGUGCACUUUUACAGGUCACGCGAUAGUACAUCUUGUCACGUUAUCGCGUGUGACAUUUCUAGCUUUCAUAGUGUGUUUCUUUGGACAGGAUAUCGCCACAGUUUCAAAAGUAAGCCUUCAAAUGUGAAAAGUAAAAAUGCAGCUUUUGUAAAUAUUUCAUCCUCUCUCCAUUUGAUGCUUUUAUUCAUUGCAAGUGCUUGCCCAUUGACUAUUUCGGCGAUGGGAAAAUUGUUCAAAGUUGUCGGGUCACGCGCUCUGAAAAUUCAGCCAAAGUUUCAUGUGUUAUAUGUUGAUCGAAUCGUAGUGGGUGAAAUUCCCGUUUUCUGGCUAAACUGCUUGACGGAAACGUCCUUUUCGUCCUCGAAAAGCGCAAUGUAUGUCCGCUACUCUUCACUCAAAGCGCGCGUAAAAACCAUGCAUGGAAAAUGAAUUUCGCAAACGUUCUUGACUGACCACUCCAAUCAAGUAAGACAAUACAAUUGGUUUUCUUGUCAUAAACGCCUCUGUUUUCACUCAUUUUGCAUUAAUUAUCUACUUUUCUUUGAAAUGUACUACAUUUAUAAAGAACAGGCUUAUUUGGCUGCGUUAAAGGUUGCAAAUCGCCUUUUCCAGUCAAAUACAAUCCCGGACAAAACUACUUGAGAAAGUUUUCCCCAUCAUGUCCACUUUGCUACGCAACAAAACUAUUUCCAAAACGAAGCCUUUGCGGAAAGAAAACCCCUUCCCCCAAUUCAAUGUUGCUUCCCACAAACGCCCAAGGAUCAGGCUUUCUUUUGAAUACACAACAACAUUGCUUUCAGGGGAAGGGGGAGAGGGAAGAACCGGUACAGCUACGAUGUUUAGAAAAAUGCUGUCCAAGUAUACAAUUUUCUCAACAGUUUUGUCCAAGAUUGUAGGACCUUCCUUCAUCCAGUUUCAGCAGGUGCACAGUCCAUACUGUUGAAUCUCAUUAUUCACUUUUAUGUAGGGAGCAACAUCACUUUUAACUUUGUUUUACAUUUUGUGGCGAAAGCUAAACCGUUCUGACUGGCUUGAUGAUGAGCUUGCGCAUUUAUGAGGCCGUGUCCUUUAUCACUGCCAUUUUCCAAUUGGAUGUUAAACAGCCAAUUAAAAAGAGUGGAUCUCAGUUUCACUUGUGCUUGAAGGAGAUGAAGGCCUAAAUUGUUCCAUUUUUGUGUAGCCCUUUGUCUUUGGGAAUAGUUUAGAAUAUCUGCUGUUUCCCGUGGCCAAAAGGUAAUAUUUGCGGUACAAGGGAGGCCCUCUUCCCUUGUUUUUAUCCACAUCUAUUAUCUAAUCAGACAAUGUUUAGAAAGAAGUCGCUGGUGUGUUUGCUAAUAAGCACCAAAGGAGGUUUGAGUUUGGCAUACUACUGAAAUAUUAGUGAUUAGCAGCAAAACUAACGAAUAAUACGAAUUUCCAACUUUCUUUGUUUUUUUUUUCUUUUUAAAUAGUGACAUUGACAUCUGCCAUUCUCAAAAAUUGCAAAAGAAAGUAGUCUCUUUGCCAAAAAACGCUAAAGAAAUCAAUUUGAAGUUUAAAAAGAGAAAUAUCCAUGUUCGUAGUGCAUGCAGUCUCUGACUACCCAAUUUCCCCCCUAGAGACUUGCCCCUCCGGCCUCGCUUGGUCCGUCUCCUCGUUAAAUCGCACCCACCCGUAAAAAUCCUGGCUACGGGCCUGCGUGUUAUAAUGUAAUACAAAAAUCUGGCUUUAUCAACUAAGUACAUAAGGUUAAUAGUCAACCGUAAAGAGAUUGGAAAGCUGACCGUCAAGCGAAAACAAGCCCCUUCAGUAAACCAGUGAAUGAUUAAUGAGUGGUUAAUUGACCAUUCACUUAUGAUAGCAACAGUAGUGCAUAAUCUUACGAAUGAACGAGUUAAUACGAAGUUGUCAGAGGCAUCUUCCCCUCCUCGCCCUCAGCGAGCAAUUCGUGUCUCACCAGUGAAGCGAAAUCAAAGUAAAAACUGUCGAGAACUCGUAAAUGAAUUUUAAAAAAAUAUUUAUGCGAUAAAAUUAAGUAUAUAUUUUAAGUUGAAAAGAUCACGUACCUGUCCAAGUGAAAACACCCUUCGCAUAUUCACGAGUUCAUGUUCUAAAAAUAGCCACUCCAGGGGUUCAGCUUUUGUAAUGUAGCUACGUUAUUUUUCGUUACUCGUUUUUCGUACUACACUGAAAAUGCAGACUGUUUUUUGACCUGUUUCUCGUUUGUAGUUCGUAUGGUAAGAUAUAUAGGCGCGCGAAACCGAGGUUUUCUACCUUCUUCCUCUCGCCUCUCCCUUGAUUCAGCUUUCGCGUAACCUGAGAUCAGCUAUUUUCACCGCCCUACUUCUCCCCAGUUUCCUCCCGUUUUAUUUGCGUAAUCGCGCUUUCUCAAUUUCGCGGACCCGUCUAUUUCGCGACACUAGGCAAUGUAGGGUUAUCAUCAUCAUCAACAACAUUGGGAGGACGAGUAGACGGGCAAGAACUAAAAAACAGCAUUGGGUGGAACAUGCUAUAUAACUUGCAAUUAAAUACUCAUUUUCAAUUAGUAAUUUGCCGCGGAAAAGUAAGGGAAUUCAAUAUGUAGCAAACCCUAGUAUAUUUUUAGUUGCAAGUACUAUGUACUUCACCCAGGGAAAACAUAGAACGUGUGAAGCACGCGAGUGCAAGCUCAGAUCGCAUGACACAACCAUAACGUUUAUUUUUGUUGUAAAUUGUUGUUUCUUGGAAGACGACUAUAUUCGUUGGACCCAGAAUCAUAAUUUUGUCAUUUACAAGUAAAUUCUUCCUCUGACUUAUUACAAAUAAGGAUGCGUAUUAAAAUUAGAAAUGAGACUUGCAAGUUGCAUUCUCUUCUUGAAAAUGUAUUGUGAAUUGGGUGGAUAUUUUAUGUAAUACUUUCAGUCAACAGUGUGAAUAAAUUUUAAAAAUAUUGACGUACGUAUACAUUUACCUGAAUGAAUAACGCUGUGAAGACAGCGAAAAUAUAGUAGAUUUUUUAUACACCACCUUCAAAUGGUACUGGGCGAUCCCAAUUUACCCAGCCAUUCUUAUAUGCGCUUCAAAGAAAGCAUGGAGCAUGGGUAUAGUUACCGCCCUUCUAGAAAUCGAGAAAAACAGUGUGAAUAUUGAAACUAUAGCAACUAUUUAUUAACUUAUUUUUUUUUCUUACAUCAAAGCUGUCACCUUCAAACACAUUAGCAGUUUUCUAAUGGUUCAAGAUCAAUGCAGUCAUCUUCUAUUUAGAAAUUGCAAGCCCUUUGCCAUACAUUCUUAAGAGUAUAAAUCUAUGGCUAUUCUGUGCAAUUAUUCCACCCUUUUCGUCCUUCCCCCACACUUGCCUUACCCCUCCACCCAUUUACUUUUCUACCCUCCCCCCUCCUUACUUUACUCUUCUGCCUCCCUGCCUCCCCCCCCUGUCCUUAUGAGAAAUUUUCUUGGAGUCAAUACUAACUUACCGUUUUAUUCGAGGGAGGCAACUAUUUCAAUAUUGCUCACUGGAAGUCGUGCCCUAAAUACUUUGUUUUUUUUUAAUCCCAUUAAAUAAAAAAAAAUGAUCACAUUAAAUAAACUUGGGCUUUUUAAGUGUUCUAAAUUGGUGGAAAAUUUGUGACAUUUGAAGCCCCAUUUAAUUACCUUCCUUGUUUUCAAAGUCCUUGAAACUUGGAGGAGACGUACAUUGAUGCUUAAUCUCGGGAUUGUCAAGUUUUUUAAAAAAAAUUAUCGAGCGGUUUUUAAAUAGCCGUGAAAUUUGUAGGCGUGGAACAAAUUACAUUCAAAAAUGGUAAAGAAAGCAGCCGAACGUAGGCUAAUCAAAUUCUUCUUUCUCGCAAUCGGCCUAAGCAAUCCCCCUCUCUUUUCGUGCAAAGUUCCAGAUGGAAUCAAACCAUUAUGAGAUGAAACUGCUUUUUCAGACCUCAUUAUUUUCUUUAGGUAUUAGCUAAUUAUGUCGAUAGCAUGUUUAUUCACUGUUUUUAUGACCCUUAAACUUUGUUUCAAAACCUUUCCAAAACGCUCUCAUAGAAUUUCUUCAAACUUUGCCAUAACCGAGGCAACUAAGAGAGGUACAAACACCCUUAAGCGAUUUCUGAAAAAAAAUCCCAGUACCGAGAAAUACAAAGGCAAGUAAAAAAUGUAAUGGCGUCAUUAUGUUGCCAUGGUAACCCUGGUGUCAACAAAACAUGGAUCAUAACGAAUUUUCACAUUUAUUUAGUGUAGCUGUGGUAACCUUUUUGCGUUAUCUUUGUUAAUGCCGACGUGGUAAACGCUCAAAGUGGGGAAGUAUACUCCCUAAAAAAUCCAGUCGAGCCACCUUAACUGUAGGCUCUUAGCAAAUGAGAAGACAGAUAGUGUGUACAAUGUACAUGUAUAGUGAUACAAUGUAAUUCAAAUAAUUGGUCUUCGUAUUGUGUACUGUUGGCAUUAGGAAAUUGUGGUAACGAUGUUCACUCAACUACAGUGACAACAGUGAUGAAAACCUCUCGAUAACAAAUUUUCUUUUCUCUUUUUGAACUCAGGAUGAGAUCCCUAACAUUUCAACUCCACCACAUUUGACAGAUUGAGAGAGUUGGAAAAAGUCGCUAUAACUUUGAAUGAACGCAAACUUAAUCUCUCAGUUUCACUUUUCUCGUGACGACCUUACUGCCGUUAACUUUUGAAUGUGCACCGUAAUUUUUAGGGAGUUAUUAUAACUCCAAAAAUGGAGUAAAAAUUUUAGGUACGGGAUAACCCCUUUUUUGGGGUUAUUUUAACUCCUAAUUUAACUCCGAAUUUGGGGUCAUUUUUACUCCUGAAAAAGAGUUCUUUUUACUCCUAGUCUGGAGUUAAAAUUACUCCGAAAUGGGGUUACUUGUACUCCUUACAUGGGUUGUUUUUACUCUUUUUGGAGUUAAUUUAACUCUGAAAGUGGAGUAAAAAUUUUAGGUACUGGAUAACUCCUUUUUUGGGGUUAUUUUAAGUCCUCAAUAUCUGGGGUCACUUUUACUCCUGAAAAAGAGUUCUUUUAAACUCCUUUUUGGAGUUAAAGUAACUCCACGAAAAAUAACUCCACUGUAAGGAGUUAAAUUAGGCCCACUAGAGGAGUUAUUAUAACUCCCUGAAAAUUACAGUGUGGUUACUUCAGUUCCCCACUGUAGGAACAGUCCAAUAGUAAUAGUCUGUCUUAGCAGAAACAGUAAGAAUCAUCGUAAAUUUUGCCUUAUAGUAAGCCUGAUAGUCUUGCAAAAUGUUCCAUAAAAAGUUCAGAAAAUUUUCAAAUUUGAGUUAAAAAUUAGAGCCGUUCCAGGGCAUUUGGUUGCUUAUUCUUGCAUCAAAAGUUCAUUUUCAGAAAACAGUGACUGCGUUUAUUUCUACGAAGUCAAACUAAGCCGACCGCGAUUUAAGACAGUUGAUUCCUUGUAAUUUUGUAUAUUUUAUUACUUGUAUAGUGCAGAAUAUGAUCUAAUGCCCUUUACAGUGAAGCUAAACUGAAUGAAAUAAUUAUACAAAACCAACUGUAUGCAUUCUUAACAUUGUUUAUAGAAAGCGAUGUUUAGAUAGAAGGACUAGCCUAAUUAUAAUUUGCUCACAACUCGUUUUCAGUGUUAAACGUUGGCUAUCUCUGUUCUUUGUACCGUCCCUGAUGCUUUGAAGCAAAGAAUAAUUGUUACUACUCUUUUUGUAGGUCCCAAUAUAGAUGAGCAGCAUUUAUCCAAGAAAGCCUCUGUGAUCUGUCAAGUUGAAGAACCCUUCUCUUCUGAGAAACGUCUUUAUAAAGGUACACUUGAAUGGUAUAAACAAGAGCAAUAUGUCCACAAAAGCAGUUCGUUGUAACAGUAGUUUAACAAGGGCUUAUUGAGUAUUCCUUGCCGAAAAGUUACAGUAACAAGGAAUGGUCGAAGCCACUGAAAAAGACUAGUUUAAAAGGAGUCAAAAUUCGUUGUCAUUGUCACAGAUUAUGUUCGCCAGUUGUCCAUAAACAAGAUUCGUGCCAGAUUAUAUAAGAGAGGUGAAAUAUUUUUUAACACCUUCACAGGCGAACUUUGUCCGUUGAGUUUCAAAUAACUUCUAUUCCUUCCUUGUAAAAUGGCUGUGUUCGGCAGUCUAGUCUAUGUGUUUAAUUUUUCUAAUUACUAGCCUAAAGGUGGAUUUGCCCUGUCACUUAAUUUUUACACGACAAUGGAAUGCAGUAAUUAAUAACGGAUAUACUUACGUGCCCCACGAAACCUCAAAAUCCCUAAAAUUACCACUGUCGAGAGGCCUUAGGGACGGACCAUUAGAAAAGUUAUGGGGGGGGGAGGGGAAUUUUCGAGCUGCAAGAAUUUUUUUUCGUUAUCAAAUUCUUUGCAUGAAUUUUAUUUAAGCCAUUGCAUGAAUAUUUUUUAGGGUUAAUUGGCGUGUAUGAAUUUUUUUUCAUUUAAUUUUCCCUUGCGCGAAUAUUUUUUUUGUACUUCGCCCGCCCCCCCCAUAAGUUUUCUAAUGGUCCGUCCCUUAGAAAUGAUUUGGUAUUGCUAGGCUGUCUUUCUUCCAAUUAUUUCCUUUGUUUGUAGCUGUUACCGGGAUUAAUGGUUAGUGUAUAUAGCGUUACGAUACUUUUUUAUUGUGGAAAAUGGUCUUUCAGUUGAUUAGUCAAAUAUCUCUCGGCACAGUUAUUUAGACAUAAGCUUAAAGGGGCUACGUCGUGCUUUUUGCUAUCUUUUCAAAACGCUAAAACGUGUCUUCGAAUCGGUUGAAUGCCCAUGCUUCCUGUCGUCUGUUACUACGGAUGGCAAGGAUGGACAUGCGGAUUGAAACUGAAAGAUAUUGGGCCAACUUGUUCAAGAUUUAAUGCUAUGACUUAAAAAAUCACCAAUAAUAAUAUUAUGGUUAGUGUUCUUUAAUGAAAUUAGUUUGAUAUGUUUUUCAUAAGACCCCAGGAGCAUUUUAUGUAGGUAAUGACUCAUUAAAUUGCAGGCGAAGCAAAGACAGCAAAGAUAUCCAGGUCUUCGAGAAAAGGCAAAAGGCCUGUCCCAGCUCCAAAACAACCGAAACUGUUGAAAGAGGAAGGUAAAGUUCGUUUCUGGGUUAUUUAGAGUAAGGGUUGGUAUGGCAUUACAUGUGUAUGAGAGAGUUUAGGAUGGUCUUGUGUCAUCGGUCUCGUGUUUCUAAAAAGCGGCUUCAAAAGCUGCAUAGCUUACGAAAUAAGAGUGUGACAGUACUUCCCGCCCGCUCAACUUGGCUCAUCCCCAUUAUUCUCGCAGUCCUAUCGCCUAAACAAAUGCACUCCUGAAAUAUAGCGCUUGUGUGGGUUACUUUCCUUUGCUGCACAGGGCAGUGGCUUUAUUAUUUGGGUCCCCUUUUCUAGUGGGACAUCGUGAAGCUAUAGAUGGUUUUCAUAGUGACGUCAUCAAAUUGUAAAGUCAAAAUAGCGAGGUUUUACGCAUUCUUAUUUGCACUAGGUUGAAGAUAAACAAAAGGUAAAUCUUUGUAUAAGUUCCCAUUCCCGUAGCAUGUUUCAUUUCGAAAAUACAGCAAUUUGAACUUCCGAGUUUUCACAGUGCGUGAAAAAUAGGAAUGCUGUCUCGUUGAAAAAAGUCUCCCCUUUUGAUUUUCAGCAGUAUAACCAUUUCAAGUAUUAGAAGAUAUGUCUUUGCGCUCGUAUGCUAGUUCUCGAGUGAAAAGAAAGAGCUUUUAUAGAAAAAGUGAACUCCAGAUGUUUCUGUUGAUUUCCGGCGGCUAUAUUGGUGCACCAAAACGGUACACCAAUGUGGCGUCUCCAUACAAAGCUCUACAAAGGUGCAUGCGUGAAAUGUUUCGGCAAAUAACUCAGAAACUGUGGGCCACAAAGACCUGAGACUUGGACAAAUUGUUUAAAAAUUAAUCUUUUAUAACAUUUCAUUUUCUUGUCUUCUUCCACUAGACGGUUUCCAAUUUUUUUUUUUUGCGUGACAGUGAAAACGAUCUAUAGUUUCGUGGAUUCGGUUGCACUUAGAGAGAAUCUUGAGAUUCUCAUGUCUGACACACUCUCCAAACUUUCAGCGUGCUUCGUAAUACCAUAUAAGGUACAAGUAGAACGAGGCCAAAUUUAGGCCGAGACCCUGAUUAUGCUUUCAUCACGCUACUUUCAGUAUAAGAAACUAACUAUUUAGCGGUAGCCUCUUGUCAGUCAGAUCAGCCUCCUACGCAGACCUUUUUAGGGGUUCGUGACGCCCUAGGAAAGUCUGCGUGGGAGGCUAGACUGCUGAAAAUCGAACCACUUUCAGUGUACUCCUUAUCAGGCGAUAACCGGUAAAAUUUACCGCCUGAAGCAACACUUCUUUUGCGUGCAACCGCUUGAAAGUUUACAAAAUGUACGUAAAAAAAUACGCAAGUUGUGAUACGAUCCAGUUCUCACAAGGAAAUGAAAUGAAUAAAUGGAAAAGAACUUCAGUAUACACAGCUUUACUUUUUAUGGGCCAUGCAUUUUGGAAAGAGAAUAUUGAAGGCAGAGUAAAAUUAUUGGAUUCAAACGUUUUUAAUUGCUGUCUAUGGAUAAUAACGGCCGAUUUGCGUAAAAUAGGUCUUAAAAUGAGAGAAUGACUUUUCAGAGAACUUAGCUCCUAAAUUUCCAAGCGGGGGCGGGCCAUGUCCCUCACUCCACUACGGGCCUACCCACCCCCCCCCCCCCCCCCCAAGCAAGUGCAUCCUCUGGCGCAUGUUUUUUUGCCUUACCGGCCGUGAAUUGUCCCUUACCUGCUGAGCUAAAAUUUAGGGAGAACACUGACAUUCCUUACCCUUUGUAUCUGAGGUGUAAUGAACAAACCAAUCAUUUGUCAGAAACUUAAGAGUGAUCUCAGUUCUGUUUUGGAAGGCAAAUAAUUUGUACAUUAUUUUUUAAAGAAAUGAACAUUAAAAGUAAAAUGUUUUUACAGAGAGUGUAAGGCACUUAGUUUUCAUAAAAAUGUAAGCGUUGAUAGCAUUUUCUUUUUCGCCAAAUGUUACCAUUGUCUCUGUGAAGCUUAUUCUGUCACGGAAGGUAUUUUAAUUUAUGUCAUCGAAAUCAUUUACUUGUAUAGACAGAAACAUACUUAUCUGUAAGUAAAAUAAAGGAGAAUAAACGGCCUUUGUGCUUACUAAGGAGAGAAAAGCAUGUCACAGUGAGAUUAAUCCGUUUGGAAUUUCAAGUCUUUACGUUUGCGUUUAUUGACAAAUAUUCCCUCACCUUUUUGUUUCCAGCAGGUUGGGACAACUCGGUUGUUGUUGAACUGCUCAAAGCUGAAUACAAAAGGCGCUGUCUGUUAAGACCACUUCUUUGGGAUAGCACUAUCGAGUUACCCCUGGAGAACGUUUACACGCGACUGAAAAUCAUUUCAAGAAGAAAGUUGGCCACCCAGAUGGAAGCCAAUAUGGCGAAUAUGUCCCACCUCAUAGCCCUGGAGGGACAAAAUCCAGACUUAGUGGGUGAAAAUGACGAGGUGAACGUGACUGAAAUCUUCAAGACCCUUGAAAAAGGUAAGGAUGUCAUGACGCUUGUCGAAGGAAGUCCAGGAAUCGGUAAAACUACGUUUUGCCUUAAACUUGCUUAUGACUCUACACAUGGAAAAAUCCCAACAGAGUGUUCCUUUCCCAAGUUUGAAGUUGUGUUGCUCCUGAAAUGUCGAGACAUUGAUGGAAAUAUAAUUGAUACCAUAAGGGAGCAACUUCUGCCCAGAGAUGUUAAGGAGAAGGUUGUAGAGAAAUUUUUGCACUUCUUGAAGGAUAUUCAUAACCAGGAGAGAAUUUUGAUCAUUUUGGAUGGUUUGGAUGAGCUGCCUGAAAAAUCACGGCACCAUGUCGAUGAGCUGCUUCACAGAAGAAUUUUCCCAUUUUGCUAUGUCUUGGCUACGUCACGACAAGAAAGAGGAAUUGUAGUGCGAAAAAACUUUGUAUUUGACAUCCAUUUAGAGAUUAAAGGGUACACGGCAAGUGAUGCUAUUGUGUACGUAAGAAGACACUUCAAAACCAUUGGUCAGUCACCAAAGGGGGAGAGGCUCAUUGAGGAAAUGCAACAGAACACCUUCUUGAAUGCACUCCAAAAUAACCCGUUAAAUUUACUUCUCCUUUGUGUUGUUUAUGAGGACUACGAGGGAAAAUUGCCGACUUCCCGGAAGGAACUUUACCAAGUCAUUGUCCGAUGUCUUUUGAGACGAUACUGCGCCAAACGCAACUUGCCGGCUCCUGAAGAUGACAGUGUCUUAGAGGACACGUUUGAAACGGAAAUUCUUGCGCUUGGGGAGAUAGCUUGGUUAUGCCUGUUGAAUGAUCGUUAUGGUUUCCGUGAAACUGAAUUGGAUGAGUUUGAAAAAAGAUACCCGGGAUUGGUAGCUCGUGAGCUAGGCCUUCUUUACAAGGAAGAAAGUCUAAAGAGAUUAAAGCCUCAACAUGAGUACUACUUUCUUCACAAGACCUUCCAAGAGUACGUGGCUGCCGCGUAUAUCGCAGAGAAGUUAGUAAAUCAGCAGUUUGAUGUAUUUGAUCACUUUCCCUUUGACGACUUGGUAACGAAGUAUCCACAAGUGUUUAUCUUUGUUUCUGGGAUGCUGGGCGAGAAAGCAACUGUCCUAUUCACCAGGAUUGGCGAGGAGUUAAAGAAAAAUGAUUGGGACUGGAACUAUUACAACUAUUCCAGUGAGGAGGGAGCUACUUUCUUUAUUGAAAGCUUUAAUGAGAGUGGACAUCCUGAACAAAUGGCAGCUUCUCUAUGUAAAGUUAUACCUUUUCCAAAGGUCAUAACCCUUGAGUCAGAUGAAGAUUAUAAUCCUUCUUUUGUUGAUGUUUUAAUGGCUUGUAGAAGUUUUUCAAAUCUACAGACACCUGUUGAACUCCAUGCUGAUGCAUGUUCUUUGGAGGAAGGAAUGAGUGUCGCAUUGGAUUAUAUGGAAUCCUGUCCGCAGUUGACAAUCGUAAGUGUUGUUUCUGAUGAAGACUCUUUGAUGGCAUUUGAUAGAGAUCGUCUUUGCAAAUGGUUUUCUGCGACCAAAACUCUAUCAGAGUUUACUCUUAGAGUCAGAUAUUAUUUCAGCCCUGCGGAGGGCGACCUGCUGGUUCAAAUUGGACAUGGGUUGGCUUCAUGUCGAACUUUGACAAAAGCGACGUUUUCUUUGUCUGGAUAUGCUUAUAGCGAGGGUUUUUUCAACGCGCUUGAAACUGGAUUGGCACCGCUGACGUCUGUUAGUCUCGAGGUACAUGGCUCAAUGAAGUACACUACGACACGAGCCUUACAAAAAUUUUUGUCAAAUAAAUCCUUAAAUUCUGUUUCUCUUUGUAUUGUUGGAGGCGUGCAGGAUUUGUUAGUAGCUGCUGUUAGUGAAGCACUGGCAAGACAAACAGUUUUAAAAUCUCUUGAUCUUCAUUUUAGUGGACCGCUGAGUUCCUCUAGUGCCAGUUUCCUGGAAAAAGGGCUUAUGGCAAAUAGUUCUUUGAAUUAUAUAAGACUGUGUGUCCACAGUGAGCUCCCUGGUAACUGGCAUUCUGUAGUGAAAAAUCUUCAUUUGGCGAAAAAGUCCCCCGUUUGCUGUUGUAUUUAUCCAAACACCUUUAACAACGUAGUAAAUAAUUAUUUUCAUCCUGUUCUGGUUAGGAAAGGGUUAAAUGUAAAGCAACACUUAACUGUUAACGUCUGGGGUGAGAUGAAAUGCGAAGCGGCAGAAGUUCUCUGUGAAGUCUUGCCACCUUCCUCCAUUACUGUUCUCACCUUAAAUGUGCGCGGAAAUUUAACAAGCAAAGUUUCUAAUUCCAUUGCAAGAUGUCUGGAAAAAAACACGACACUAUCUUCCCUGUCCAUCAAUAUAUGGGGCGAGUUGACAACAGACAGAGCUAUUGUUUCUUCCAGCCUUUCAAAAAACAGUCGCGUUCAGUUAAAUGUACAUAAUGUGCGUAUAGGCCCAGAUGAGUCGAACGAUGUUCUUGUUACCACUACCGAUAAUCCUGCGGCAUUGACAGUCUUUUUCACUAACGUCAAGGAGAGAAGAAAACAAAACGUCCGUCUUACAAUCAAUAACGAUAGUAAUGUUACCAAGGAGUGGACACGUUGUCUAGGUGAUGCUUUGGCAGAAAAUCCAUCUCUGACCACGCUUGAUCUUACAGUCAACAGCUGCUUCGUGGAGGCAGAUUUGGGAGAAAACCUCGGGAACAGUUUAUUGCAAAGCAGUUCUUUAACAUCUCUUAGUCUCACAUUAAACUUCAGUAACAUGAAAGAAGGAUGGGAAUCCAAACUGGGUGACCGUUUGAUCAAAAUGGCAUCUUUAACUACACUCAGUCUUGAAAUAAACGGCGAUGGCGAGUGGAAUCAGAAGGAUAGUUUGAGUCCUACACUCAGCAGCCUUGACUAUGUUGAGGAGAAUCAGGAGAAUUGUUUGAGUCCGACUAAACUGAGUAACGUGCUAGCGGCAAUCAAAUCAUUAUCUUCCCUUUCUGUUGCAGUCCAUAGUGAGAGCAUGUGUUCAUUUUGGGAUAAGGUUGUAGGUGACUGUUUGAUAAAAUGCACGUCACUUAAGAAACUUAGUCUCACGUUGAACUGGGGUUUAUCAGACGUUUGUUACGAUUUUAGUGGCCUUUGUAACGGCUUGGUGACAACAAGCUCAUUAAAUGAAUUAUGUGUCGCAGUGGUUAUAAACGGCCGUACUAGGGGUUUUCAACUAAUGUUGCAUAGUCUUAAGCAAGGUCUGUCAUUAAACUCGUCAGUAACUACACUGACACUAACAGUAACUGUGGCAGCAGGUAAAACACGUGAUGGUCAUCCUCUACCGAUGAUGUUCGGUCGUGGACUGUGGUCAUUGAACACUCCAAUAACUACGUUAAAUGUCACAAUAAAUGAGUGUGGUGAUGGAGUAUCGGAUAUACCCCUGAUUCUGCGCCCCGUUGGAGUGUUUGGAGGUUUGGCAAAAAGCACAUCAGUUACCACAUUCAACCUGACACUCAACAGUAGCAGAGACGUGAGUGAUGACUGGUUACCAGUCCUUUCCCACACCUUGAUGGAAAACACCUCAUUAACUACUCUGGGAUUAAAAGUGAACAACAAUUGUGCUACAGGUGAAUGUCGUUUAUAUGACUUAAGUAAACUUUUAAUAGAAAGCAGAUCGUUAUCCUUACUUGAACUCGAUGUAAGUUUCUAUGGAAAAGAGAGUGGGUGCCAUAAGGUUUUAAUUCAAUAGAAGAAUACAGCUAAGAUGUAUGUGUUUUCCAGUCCGCAGGAACAUAUGUCAGUAUCAAAUGAAAUGUAAUCUACAAUAGAAAUGUGGCUUAAUUUUUUCUUAUGUCGUGAAUCUUGAAACCACUGAGGCAACCGGCCCUUAAAAAUAAGGAUUCUAAUUGAAAAUGCAAAAUGGUCCAUCUAAAAUUUCUUUCAAUUAGACCCUUAGUGUUUGUUUCAAGUUUAGACAUUUUUUGUUUUCUCUGUUUGCAAAUUGAAGGUCACAGAAAAUCAUUCUUUCAAGCCACGUCACACACGUUUCCUUGGAUACCGAGAUUUUUUCCUGUGGAACGGCCCAGCGUGAAGUCCGUUACGUCACACUACUCUGUAUAGCGUUAAGGUUACCAGAUACCUUCAGGGGUGUCUCAUGUGCAAGUAAUGUAGGCUAUUUUUUCCUGUGGAACGGCCCAGCGUGAAGUCCGUUACGUCACACUACUCUGUAUAGCGUUAAGGUUACCAGAUACCUUCAGGUGUGUCACACGUGCAAGUAAUGUAGGCUAUUUUUUCUUGUGGAAGCCCAGCCUGAAGUCCGUUAUGUUCACACUACUCUGUAGAGCGUUAAGGUUACCAGAUACCUUCAGGUGUGUCUCACGUGCAAGUACUGUAGGCUAUUUUUUCUUGUGGAAGCCCAGCCUGAAGUCCGUUAUGUUCACACUACUCUGUAUAGCGUUUAGGUUACCAGAUACCUUCAGGGGUGUCUCACCGGAAGUCGAAAAUGGCAAACCCCCGGACACGUUUUUAGCGCUUUGACUUCCAAAGUAAUAGAACAAAUGAAAUAAGGGAAAAGCAAAUCACGUCAAGUUUUAGCUUUCGAAAGCUGAUUCGGUCGCGCGCGUUAAAAAUUGUUUUAAAAAACCGACAGUGCAAGUUUUAUACAGCAUAGUUUGAACAUAACUUUGAAAAUUGCUCUUUGUUGCUCAGUCUUGUAAAGUCUUCCAUGGUCAAUUUAACUUACCUGGAUACACGAUGUAACACAAUCCCAUUCCUCGUGAAUCUGUUUCAGCUUUUUUAGGUCCAUUUAUAUGGAGAAAAGUUGUCCCGGGUAGAAAGGAUCAAUCCGCCCCCUACCCGAGCUACCCUGGGGUGAGCCACCUUUUCAUACGUUCCCUUAACUCUUUAAGCCCCAAGAGUGAUCAGCAUCAAAUUUCUCCUAGUAAUAUCAAUGCUUUGUAAAACAGAGUGGUCAUGACAAUUACGGACAUAAUCACAGAAUAUGAAUUUGCUUGAUAUUUUAUCAACUUCUUCCCACUACUUCUCUAGCAAAUGAAUAGGGACAACAAAUGAGAAUUCAAAUGUUGAUCUUAUGGUUUAAGGGGUUAAAAAACGUGGCGAACCGUGUAAAUGUGAAAAAAAAGUGGGCUUGGCUUGAAGGGUGACCUGCUUAGCCGGUUCACCCUUUUGUGAAGGGUAGGGUCACCCUCCUUGCUGAUCCAGCGUUUCUCCAUACAAACACUUUGGCUCGCCCAGUUGGGUCAACUCGGACAAGGCGAGACAAUCAAAGUAUGUGCGAGCACUGUUGGCUCGGGCAAAGGGAUCAACUGUUUUUUCCGUUGACUCAGAUGGAGGGUGAACCUCCAGGAAUGAGAUAAAACUAUAUUGUAGUCCUUGAUUUGAGAGCAUCAAGCGGUUGACACUCAUCAGAGCUGCAAAGGAGUAUUUCUGUGUACAUGUUUUGAAAUUUUACAUUGUUUUGAGUCUCAGACUGAACAGGUGGUAGAGCGCAGUCGGUAGAGCGCAGUCGGUAGAGCGCAUGUCGGUAGAGCGCAUGACUGCAGAGCGAAAGGUCGCGGGUUCGAUUCCCGGGACUGGACCAUUACUCAGGGUCUUAAAAUAACUGAAAAAUGAAGGUAAUCCCUGAACCUUAACAUGGCUCAAAUGACCACGUAAAAUGGCGGUCCCGUCUCCAGUAGGAGACGUAAAAAUAAUGUCCACAAUUAGUACUUUCGUCGUAAAUAUAUUUGCGCUCAAGUGGAGUUGUACGCCUUCUGGUCCAGUGAGGCCAAGGUUAAUACAACACGAGUUAUUAGUAGUUUUAGAGUUUGAUAAAUAUUGUAACUGAUGAUUUUGACUUGUACGCCUUCUGGUCCAGUGAGGCCAAGGUUAAUACAACAUGAGUUACUAGUAGUUUUAGAGUUUGAUAAAUAUUGUAACUGAAUUGUGACUUGUACGUUAUCUGGUUCAGUGAGACCAAGGUUAAUACAACAUGAGUUACUAGUAGUUUUAGCGCUUGUCAAGUAUUGUAACUGAUGAUUGGUAUAGUAUUCUUAUAUUUCAAUAGAGUUUGUAUGAUAGUGACAAAUGUACAGAAAAGAAAUUAUAAUUUAGGUUAUAUUAAAAUAUGUAAACUGUAUUUCACUAUGGUUUAGUUUAGUUAGCGUUAGGCCAAGAGCACGGAUUCUUUUGUAAAUCGACUGUAUCGUUAUUUGUGAAUGCAAUGAACAUUUAGAAACAAGCAAGUGAAAGCAGUGCAAAAUACCUUUAGCAACAAAUUCGCCAAGUUUGUUUAUUUAAAAUGAUGUUAUUUAGUUUCAUUUUUAACUUGACAAAAUAAAGCUUUGCAAAGUAAAAAUGCCUAGU